AUGGACCCAGCUCCGAACCUGCAGUAUGUAUUUUUGAACAGAACCUUUAACAUGUGGUGCCCAGUAAAAGGUGCGCCGGCUCCAUACAUUGUAUGGAGAAAAGAUGGUGACUCUGUUCAAAAUAGUACCAGCAUAACAUUUCAGCAUAAAAUAACUUCGAAAAACAACGUGAACUACAGCUGCGAGGUAAGAAGAGAUGGAGAGGUAUUAACAAGGAACAUCAGCCUCAGAAUUGAAGAGUGCCCAGACCCCUGUGAAUGUGACGUCUCCCACCAAACUAUCAUUAGUGUGAAUUGUAGUGGAAAAGAAUUUAAUUCAAUUCCAUGGAAAUUUCCUCUUGCCAUGUCAAAAUUGGAAAUGAACAACAACCUGUUGAAGGAAUUACCAUCAGGCAUAUUGAGUAACAAUACCAAGCUGUCCAUUCUGUUUUUAAGAAACAACAAGUUGGAAAAAUUGCCAUCGGGUAUUUUUGAUAACAACAUCAAGCUGACUUACUUGUAA